GUUAGUUGCAAUACGAAUGAUGGAGGCGCCGCCAUUGGUUUCUCCUACCAAGACGCCGCCGUUGCGGUCAGCCUCCUCUUCCUCCUCUCUUCUCUUUCUCCGCAAGCAUUCUCUCAAUUGCCGCCGACCUUCCAGAAGCUUCGCCGUCCGCGCCUCCGCUGCUACCGAUUCAGUGGUGACUUUGCUUGAUUACGGCGCCGGAAAUGUUCGUAGUGUCAGGAAUGCCAUCCGCCGCCUCGGUUUCAAAGUCAGGGAUGUUCAAACUCCGAAAGAUAUUCUGAAUGCCAACCGCCUGAUCUUUCCUGGUGUGGGGGCUUUUGCUGCCGCUAUGGAUGUGCUGAGCAAGAACGGGCUGGCAGAAGCUCUCUGUGAAUAUAUUGAGAAUGAUCGGCCGUUUCUAGGCAUUUGUCUUGGACUUCAGCUCCUUUUUGAAUCCAGUGAGGAAAAGGGACAAGUGAGUGGUCUUGGCUUGAUACCUGGAGUGGUUGGGCGUUUUGACUCAUCAAAUGGUGUCAGAGUGCCACAUAUCGGGUGGAAUGCUUUGCAGAUUAAAAAAGACUCAUCAAUUUUGGAUGAUGUUGGAGCCCAUCAUGUCUAUUUCGUUCACUCUUACAGAGCGAUGCCAUCGGAUGAAAACAAAGAAUGGGUUUCAUCUACCUGCAACUAUGGUGACAAUUUCAUUGCAUCUGUUAGGAGGGGAAAUGUGCAUGCAGUUCAAUUCCACCCCGAAAAGAGCGGAGAUGUUGGCCUUUCCAUAUUGAGAAGAUUUCUCUACCCAAACUCACCCUUGGAGAAGAAGCCCACUGAAGGGAAGGGUUCCAAACUUGCAAAGAGGGUUAUUGCUUGUCUGGAUGUGAGGACGAAUGAUAAAGGAGAUCUAGUGGUAACCAAAGGAGACCAGUACGAUGUAAGAGAGCAUACAAAGGAGAAUGAGGUGAGAGAACUUGGCAAGCCUGUGGAGCUUGCUGGGCAGUAUUACACAGAUGGAGCUGAUGAGGUCAGCUUUCUGAAUAUUACCGGUUUUCGGGACUUCCCUUUGGGUGACUUGCCUAUGCUUAAGGUAUUAAGAUAUGCAUCAGAAAAUGUUUUUGUGCCAUUGACAGUUGGAGGUGGCAUUAGAGAUUUUACCGAUGCAACUGGCAGGCACUAUUCGAGCUUGGAAGUUGCUUCAGAAUAUUUUAGAUGUGGGGCUGAUAAGAUCUCCAUUGGAAGUGAUGCAGUUUAUGCUGCAGAAGAAUAUCUAAGAACUGGCGUGAAAAGUGGAAAAAGUAGCUUAGAGCAGAUAUCUAGAGUUUACGGAAAUCAGGCUGUGGUUGUUAGCAUUGAUCCUCGCAGAGUGUACGUCAAAAAUCAAAAUGAUGUUAAGUUCAAGACUAUAAGAGUAACAAACCCAGGUCCAAAUGAUGAAGAAUAUGCUUGGUAUCAGUGUACAGUUAGUGGUGGGCGGGAAGGCAGACCAAUUGGAGCUUAUGAGCUAGCAAAAGCAGUUGAGGAGCUUGGAGCUGGAGAAAUUCUGCUCAAUUGCAUUGAUUGUGAUGGUCAAGGGAAGGGAUUUGAUAUAGAUUUAGUAAAGCUGAUCUCUGAUGCUGUGACCAUUCCCGUGAUUGCAAGUAGUGGUGCUGGUGCUGUUGAACACUUCUCAGAGGUUUUCACGAAAACAAAUGCAUCUGCUGCCCUUGCAGCUGGAAUUUUCCAUCGCAAGGAGGUACCAAUUCGUUCUGUAAAGGAGCACUUGCUAAAGGAAGGCAUAGAAGUCAGAAUCUGAACAACAAUUAAAAUGUAGUGUGGACCUGAAAACAAAGAUGGAAAUAGAUGUUGAAUUUCGAACUCUUUCACCAGAACAUGUAUCAUCAGAUCAAUUUUGUAGAGGCAUUGAUUUAAAUCUCCUUAGAAUUAUUUUAUUUUGGUAACCUGUGGUUUAUUACCCCACACAGAAUAUUUAUAUACUACGUUUUGUUCAUUCCUGUAUGAUUCCAGUAACUGUUGGUGGUAAAUGAGAAUUUCAAAGUUUUGAUUGUUCAACCUAGU